UUCCAAACGAGUGCUUGACUGAGUCGAAUUCAUACCCUUGUUGGCGUUUCAAUUUUCUUAUCCCGCGAGUUUCAGUGAAACCCUAAUUUCCCAAAUUGCUCUCCUUGAAUCUCAUUCACUCUCUCCGCUGGUUGUAGCAGAUGCUCAAAAUUGGCGCGGUUUGUUUCUGUGUUUCUUCGUGUCCAAGCUGAUGGUCUGGAUUUUUUUUAAUAAAUCAAAGGGCUUACAGUGAGUUUGGCGCUAAUCUGCAUACAGCUGUGCUCCAUUGUAGAUACUGCUAAAGUUCAAUUCUUCCAUUGCGAAUCCUGUAUUGAUUUCCUUAGGAUUGGGAUCAUUAUCAGAUCAAGAGAUGCUUCCUAAUAGCGAUUUUGAAAUGUAAUUAUUUUGGUACAUGUUUCAUACUGCCGAUGCCACAAAUAGUGAAUGUAAAUGGCGAGAUUCGAGGCUUGCAUUUCCCACAUUGCUUAUUUGUCUGAUCGCAAAAAUUGCAUGUUUCUCAGUGCCUCUGCAUGGAAUUCUAUGCGGUGUGUUAUUUUCUUUCACUAAAUAGAAAGAUUCGACAAACAGGCAAAUUCACGCCAUGUAGCUGAAAAUACAGUGCACUUGGCUGAAAUUUGUUCCCUUUUUUCUGUUCUUUUUCUUAAAUAUCCUGCUGUAAAUGGGACAAUGGAGAAUAAAGGAACCAUGGUCGGCCCGAAAGGCCUUGUUAGAAAGCAUGAACUUGUACGAAUCAUAGUCCAAUGUUUAUAUUCCCUGGGCUACAGUAGGUCUGCCUCCUGUUUGGAAACAGAGUCUUGCAUCACACUCAAGUCCUGUGAAUUUGAAGCACUCGAAUCACAAAUUCUCAAUGCCAAUUGGGACGAUUGCAUUAGAAGUCUCAAUAAAAUGGACACCUUGGCUGAUGAGAUGAGAUCGUCAGCAUUGUUCAUUGUUCUCGAGCAGUGCUUGUUGGAAUGCUUGAAUUCUGGGCACAUCCCUGUCGCAUUGGACUUACUACGAAGAAAGUUUUCAGCUUUGAAGAUUGGCAAAGAAAAGCUUCACGAGCUUUCCUAUGGAUUGAUUUCACUGAAGGGGUGGGGUUGUACGGAUUCUGAUGGUGUGCUUGAGCUGCGAGAAAGACUGAUCUUGAAGCUGGAAAAAAUUUUACCCCCACCAAUUACACUGCCUGAGAGAAGGCUGGAACAUUUGGUCGAGAUGGCUGUGUGCGCUCAGAUUGAGAGCUGUAUGUACCACAGUUCAUCUGAUGUGGUGUCGUUGUAUAGGGAUCACCAUUGUGAUCGAAGUCAGUUUCCAACAGAGACUAUUCAGAUAUUGACUUGUCAUCAGAAUGAAGUGUGGUUCAUUCAGUUUUCAAACAAUGGAGAGUAUUUGGCAUCAUCGUCAAGUGAUUGCACAGCCAUCAUAUGGGAGGUGCAGCAUGACAACAAGAUAACCCUAAAGCACACGCUACGCAGCCACAAAAAACCCAUCUCCUUCGUGUCCUGGAGUCCAGACGACAGCAUGCUCCUCACUUGCGGCAACAUUGAAGUCCUCAAGCUUUGGGACGUCCAAUCUGGCAUCUGCCGCCACACGUUCGGCACUGACGAAUUCACUGUAAGCUCGUGCGCCUGGUUUCCCGACUCCCGCAGGCUCGUCUGUGGCAGCUCUGUCCCCAAGAAAGGAAUCCGCAUGUGGGACUGUGAUGGCCACGAGAUCCGGGCCUGGAAAGGGGCCCGCAUGCCCAAGGUGCUCGAUCUAGCCAUUACCCCUAAUGGGGAAAAUCUCGUAAGCAUAUUUUCAGAUAAGGAGAUUCGGAUAAUGAAUGUUGGGACGGGUGCCGAGCGCGUGAUUCCUGAGGAGCACUCGAUCACGUCGCUGUCGGUGUCGGGGGACAGUGAGUUUUUGAUUGUGAGCCUUAAUAGUCAGGAGAUUCACUUGUGGGGUGUUGGAGGGGGGUCGGUGGGCCCCGCGAUGUGUUAUAAAGGCCACAGGCAGAAGAAGUAUGUCAUACGCUCGUGCUUUGGUGGGCUCAACAGCAUGUUUAUUGCCAGUGGCAGUGAGGAUUCCAAGGUUUACAUAUGGAACCGCCGAUGUUCUGAUCCGAUUGAGAUCUUAUCUGGUCACUCAAUGACUGUAAAUUGUGUCAGCUGGAAUCCAAAACGACCCCAGAUGUUAGCUUCGGCUAGUGAUGAUAAUACAAUACGAAUAUGGGGGCCGACCUGUGGAAGAUAAAUGAGAAAAUGAAGAAGUUGAGUUUCAUUGAAGAAGGAUGUAUAUCAUAUGCAAAUGCAGCAUGGUUCACUUGUAAAUAUACUUGCUUUUUGAAUGUAUAUUCUCAUUAACAGUUGUUUCAUUUUUUUUUCCUCCAAUACCUCUGUAGCAAUCUCUUGAGGAUGACUGGUAAUUGUGUUACCUUUUUGCUUCUAUAAUUUUUAUUAUAACUUUUUGGACUAGCUCUACUGUUCUUAACAGCCUGUUGCAGGGUUUUCAAAUUA